AUGAGACUGAGAAGAGGGCGGUCGGCCACGUGGCGCUGCGGGCCCCCCGGGGGCGAGAGUAUGGAGGUGGACGGCAAGGGCGUGGUCCCCGAGGUGCACGCCGUCCUCGACUCGAUGGCCAGCUUCUCGUCGAAGGUGCGAAGAGGCGAGUUCGUGGGCUCCACUGGGAAGCCAUUAACGGAUAUCUUGUGUAUUGGCACUGUGGAAUUUGUGUUCGAGGCGCUCAAGGCGGACGCCACGGCAGCACAGGCUUCGAAGGGACGGAAACUGAUAUUUCUUGCCAACGUCGAUCCGAUCGACGUGAAGAGGGCGCUGCAGGGCCUGAGCGCAGAGACCACGCUGGUGAUCGUGAUUUCGAAGACCUUCACGACUGCGGAGACCAUGCUGAACGCCCGCACGGUCAAGGCCUGGCUGAUAAAGGAGUUGGGCAGCGUCGCAGCUAUUGCAAAGCACGUAGUGGCGUGCUCCACGGCACUGGAGAAGACGAAGGCCUUCGGCAUCGACAGCGCCGACGUCUUCGGCUUCCGGGACUGGGUCAGAGGGCGCUUCUCGGUGUGCAGUGCCGUGGGCGUGCUUCCGCUCUCUCUGCAAUACGGCUUCGACAUCGUGCGGGAGUUCUUGGACGGCGCCCAUGCCAUGGAUAAGCACUUCAGCAUGGCGCCCCCUGAGGAAAACCUGUCCAUGUUAAUGGGGCUCCUGUCGUGGCGCACAAGGCGUUUGCCAUGGAUAAGCACUUCAGCAUGGCGCUCCCUGAGCAAAACCUGUCCAUGUUAA